AUGGUUGAUAUACCUGGUGAUAUAAUGGUGGAUAUACCUGGUGAUAUAAUGGUGGAUAUACCUGGUGAUAUAAUGGUGGAUAUACCUGGUGAUAUAAUGGUGGAUAUACCUGGUGAUAUAAUGGUGGAUAUACCUGGUGAUAUAAUGGUGGAUAUACCUGUGGAUAUACCUGGUGAUAUAAUGUUGGAUAUACCUGGUGAUAUAAUGGUGGAUAUACCUGGUGAUAUAAUGGUGGAUAUACCUGGUGAUAUAAUGGUGGAUAUACCUGGUGAUAUAAUGGUGGAUAUACCUGGUAAUAUAAUGGUGAAUAUACAUGAUGAUAUAAUGGUGAAUAUACCUGGUGAUAUAAUGGUGAAUAUACCUGAUGAUAUAAUGGUGAAUAUACCUGGUGAUAUAAUGGUGGAUAUACUUGAUGAUAUAAUGGUGGAUAUACCUGGUGAUAUAAUGGUGGAUAUACCUGGUGAUAUAAUGGUGGAUAUACCUGGUGAUAUAAUGGUGGAUAUACCUGGUGAUAUAAUGGUGGAUAUACCUGGUAAUAUAAUGGUGAAUAUACAUGAUGAUAUAAUGGUGAAUAUACCUGGUGAUAUAAUGGUGAAUAUACCUGAUGAUAUAAUGGUGAAUAUAUCUGGUGAUAUAAUGGUGGAUAUACUUGAUGAUAUAAUGGUGAAUAUACCUGGUGAUAUAAUGGUGGAUAUACCUGAUGAUAUAAUGGUGAAUAUACCUGGUGAUAUAAUGGUGGAUAUACCUGAUGAUAUAAUAGUGGAUAUACCUGAUAAAAUAAUGGUGGAUAUACCUGAUGAUAUAAUGGUGGAUAUACCUGUGGUCUAUCGGGCAUUACUCUACAGUGCUGACAUUUCCUCUCAUCUUCCGGAACCUGGUGAUAUUAUGGUCACUACCAGGCAAUAG